GUUGACCAAGAAGGCAGUGCAGUGCCUGAGGGAAGUCGGCAAGUCCUAUGGACUACGGAGUCCCUUAGGAUCAUCAGAUCUGCGACGAUCACUAUCUUUUCAUCAUGUCGUAUUAAUUUGGAGUUCAUGUUAAUGAGAUUCGGCCAUCUCUGCAACGCAAAGAAUUUCAUCAUUUUCACUCAUACUUUUCACAACAUUGGAUUUUCUCGUCUUGACAGAGAUCAAUCUGCUGAGCAACAUGUCUGACAAGCGAUCGCCAUCGCCUGAAGGCAGUGACAUUGUGGUUAUCAAUAAAGACGACACCAGCAAUUAUAAUUCGGCCAAUAUCUUACCGCAAUCUGGAGCUACUAUUGCCCGCAUCCACGAGUGGCUGCGACCUACAGAAUACGAUUAUGAAAGCAGCGAAUAUCGCAAACAUUUGGCAUUUCAUCUCAGAGGCACCGGAGAAUGGAUUCGCAGAUCAGAGAACUACCUCAAAUGGCAUGAGAGCCAAGAAGAUGGCCUCUUGUGGAUCAAGGGUGUUCCCGGCUCCGGAAAGUCUGUCGUUGCGGCCAGCAUGAUUCACAAACUCUCUCAAGAAGAAAUUCCAGUUCUUUACUUCUUCUUUCGACAGAUUGUUGAUGCCAAUCACCGACCCAUCAACCUUCUCAGAGACUGGUUGGAUCAGAUCCUCAUCUACUGUCCCCCGUUGCAGGCAACCUUAAAGGCCUAUGUUGACGAGUGUCGGGACCUGGAUAGCAUAUCAACUGAUGAACUAUGGAGACACCUGAGGACAGCUUUGGCAUCCAUACCACAAGUUUAUUGUGUGGCAGAUGCUUUGGACGAAAUGGACCAUGGAAACAGCGAAUUCGUCAAUCAGCUGGCUGAACUUGGUAACUGGAAGCCUUCGUCUGUGAAGGUGUUGUUGACCAGCCGACCCACUGCCAAUGUCGAGGCCGCAAUGAGAGGCAUGGAAUUUAUUGACCUCCGAAUGGACGAGAAGGCUGUGGAUAUCGAUAUUUCUACUUACGUGCGAUACUGGCUAUCUGGCACCUCUCUUUCUGCGCGCGAUCAACAGCUUGUCAAAGAAGCGGUACCUGGCCGAGCCAACGGUCUGUUCCUCUAUGCUAAAUUGGCUAUGAAAGCAUUUUUGGAGCCAGAAGCCGACAUUCAUGAGACGAUCCGCAAGCUUCCACUUGGUUUAGAUGAUAUGUACAUCGGCAUUCUACGAGAACAUGCUCGGAGAUCGGGCAUUUCAGAGAACACGCAGGUGAUGAUCCUACAAUGGGUGACUCACGCAACUCGUCCUCUUCGACUGUUAGAGCUUGCCGAUAUGCUCAAGACAGUCGAUGGAAGCAGAUUCUCAGAUAGUCUGAAAGAGAACAAGGAUCUGGUUCGGACUGCCUGUGGCCCUUUGCUCGAGAUCUUGCCAGACGAGGCUGUGAGCGUUGUGCACCAUUCACUGACCGAGUUUUUGGUUGGGACCUCAAGAACAGUCCGCACACAUGUUUAUCCCGUAUUGGACUCCUCACCAACGCACUACGAUCUUGCUCUCACUUGCCUCCGAUAUCUCUGCUCAGGCUGGCUUCAAAACGAAACGCUUACUCCGUCAGAAACUAUCCAUCGCGAACGCAACCGCAACGUGGACCUUCCGUUCGCAGCGUAUGCUAUAAAGAAUUGGCACGUGCAUGCUGCAAAAUCUGGGUGGGAUUGCUUACCCAAUGACUUACUGUAUCAACAAAUUGAAUUGUUCAUGGGCAAUACGGAGACACGAAACAAUUGGCUGAAAAUAUACUUGGAUGACUCUGAAAGAUUGAGUAUUGAAGAUGAAAUCAUCUCCAUGUCGGAUCUCCAUGUCGCUGCAUUGUGCGGUCUCAAAGCGUGCAUCCCGGCCCUCAUCGAUCGUCUGGGCCCGAAGAGCAUAGACGAACAAGACGCAAGAAAAAGAACCCCGGUAUGGUGGGCUGCUUUAAGCGGACACGCAGAUAUCAUUGAGCUGCUCCUAAACCAUGGGGCAUCGCCCGAUACUCAUGACUUUAAAGGCUACCAGGCAUUGCAUGUAGCUGCAAAGAGAGACAAAGCACAUGUUGUUCAGCUACUCAUUGAAAAAGGGAUAGCCCCUACAGUCCCACGUCUCCCGAAAGGCACUGAGCCGACCAAAAAGUAUGCAGAUACACCAUUGUCAUAUGUAGCAUCAUACGGCCAUGUCAAGAGUUUGGAAGCGAUGCUUCCAUUUUUAAACACUACCGAGAAACGAUCUGCGUUGCGCAUCGCCAUAAAGAACAGGCAGCCCCAGUUCGUUAAACGCCUUCUUCAGGAGUCUGAUGUCAAUCCGAAUGAUAUUACAGGAUUCGAGACACCCAUCUUUCUAGCUGCUAGAACAGGCUGUAUUGAAACAAUUGAGGUGUUGGUGGAUGCUGGUGCAGAUGCUUCUGUUGCUUGCAGGGUGGAGGCCGAUGUCUGGGACCAACAACAGAAUGUGUUAGAACGCCCCUGGUCGACCCCUCUGAUAGAGCUCUGUGAGCCACAGUCUCAUUUCAUACGUCGGCCAUAUAAAUCUCCCCAUUACAUGUCGGAUCUGGACUGUUCAGAUUUUGACCGUGCCUUGGCAUUACUUACUCAAGCUGGCGCAGACGUCAACGAGAGAGAUUCUCUGGGUCGUGCUCCUAUACACUCAGCGCAGUUUUCUCACAAGUUAAGACGUCUACUCGAAGCGGGCGCUGAUCCAAAUGCUGAGACAAAGGAUGGGAAGACCGCGCUGCAUUGCCUGCCAAAGGAAGAUGAUAGGGAAUACCUGAAGCUCCUGUUGCAAGAGGAGAAUGUGAACAUCAACAAAAGAGAACACCGCAAAGGCAGGACACCUCUUCUUUCUGCCAUUUAUCAUGAUUCAGACCUUGCUUUACAGAUGCUGAAAUACAGCCCGGAUCGUACCGUCAUUGAUUUCGAAGGAAACGGUCCCCUCCAUUACGUAUUUUCUCAUUAUGAUAGAUUGUCUUCGUCUGGGAACUCUGGAGAUGAGAAUGGGAAGAACGGAGACAGCAUUCUGCCGGCACUACUGAGAACACUUCUAGAAGCGGGUUCGGAUCCGAAGCUGCCAAAUAUUGACGGAGAGACGCCCUUACAUAUUCUUGUCUCCAAGGGUUUCUCCUACCAGGACGAAUGUCUGCGUAUUCUACUCGAAUAUGGAGCUGAUAUCGAUGCCAGAGACAUCAGAGGCCGGACACCCUUAUGUCGGGCCGUGGGCAGAUCCCCAAAGCUCCCUAUGACAAUUGAUAUUCUUGAGAAUCUCAUCAAAGCUUCGGCAAGCCUGGAUGUCCGCGAUAAUUAUGGGCGAACUCUUCUUCACGAAGCGAUUCGCAGUAUCACAGACCUUGAUUACGCACAUAACAGACUUACUCAGGUAUACCAAUACCUCUGUGAUGCUGGUGUGUCACCUUGUGCCGUGGACCUGCGUGGCAACACUCUAUGCCACGAGUUGGUUCUCAUCCCAAAUGCCAUAAGGCUAUCAGGUAAAGGGAAAAUAUUCCUUUCGCUUUUCGAAAAGGCGGGGUUGGAUGUAAACAAACCCAACUACGCUGGUACGACUCCUUUACAUCUAGCUUGCCGCAUGCGUCUGGACGGAAACCAUGGGGUCAAUUGCCAUGCAAAGGAUUGCUUGAGGUGGCUCCUUAAUCAAUCACCCGAUGUCAACACGUCAGAUACCCAAGGGCUGAGGGCCAUCCACUUUGCCGCUUCCACGAACACUUACACUGUCGACCGUUUGUUGUGCGCCGGUGCAGAUCCCUUCGUUAACACGAACCAAGGGAUGAACUCUCUCCACAUCGCCUCGAGGUGUAAGAGAAGUAACAGUCUUGGCCUUCUACUUCAGCGCAUGCACGAGCUGAAUCCCGACGCCACGAAAUUGGCUCUCGACCAGAAGGAUAUUUUCCAAUACACGCCAUUACAUUACGCCAGUCGCUCGGGUAUCAUCGAGUCCGUGAUACUCCUGAUAGAAGCAGGAGCUGAGGUUAAUCCAACUUUUGAUAACCUCCGAGGCACAUGCUGUCCUGAACCUUGGUUCCCUCCAAUUCUUCAGUGUGUCUUCUUCGAACGUGAGCAGCGUCUUUGGAGGCGCGGGCCAUUCAAGAAAAUACCUCGUGAUGAUGACCUUCCCUUUUACCAGUUGGAAGAUCCCGACACGAUCAUCGCGGCUGGUUACACUGUCGAGAACAAGGAUAGGUACUUUGAUGAGCUUGUAUCGGGGCCUCAGCUUGAACUUUUAGAUCCAGUGUAUGAGGCCUCGCGUUAUGAUGAGAUCAUCAACGCUUUGCUUGAUGCAGGAGCAGACGUGUUUCUGGGUUCGGACGAUCAAAAGUCAGCUCUUUACCGUGCGAUGCUUUUUGCAUCAGACGAGUGGCAGGAUUAUGUUACGGACCUCCUCUGGAACUGCCAGGAGAAAGCUGGACAGCUUGAACUCCCAACGCCUCUUCAUGUGGGCAUAUCGAGAAGCAAGGCUCUUCGUCAAACAGAGGUAGCGGUGCUAGGCGAGACACUCAUCCCACGCGCAAAAGAUACAAAGUGGAAGAGAGUAGCACGACUACUGUCGGAUCGCCACUUCUCUUUGGUAACGCAAUUGUACAAAGCUGGAGCUGACUAUACUACUGUUGAUGUCGAUGGUGUGUCGAUCCUUUCGCGACUUGUCGAAUAUGGUUACUAUCAAUUAGUCGAUGACUGCUGUUCUCCAGAAGACGUUGCCAAGUUUGAUGAUGAUCAAUGGAUAUUGCAACAAGCCAUGGAAGAGCUCGAGCCUCUGCUUGUGACGGCUUGUCGACGCUCUUCGCCCAAUAUGGAAGUCAUUCGUGUAUUGGUAGAGAAAAAAGGUGUCGACAUAAACGCACGAGGUCGUGACGGUCUUACUGCUCUCCAUGUUCUAGUCACUGGUAAAGAGUGGUGGCAAGUCUUUCACGCCUUGCCAUAUCUGAUUUCUAAGGGGGCAAAUAUGGAAGUUCGAGACAACAAGGGAUGUACACCACUGCUUUAUUCUUUCACGAAAUGGGGUACCUUCCGGACUGCGGCAAUGAAGUCGCUGAUCGAAAAAGGCGCUGACGUGAACACCGUCGAUUCUGAGGGAAAUGGAUGUUUGAACAAAGCAGCGUACCAUGAAGAGUUUAUUCGGCUCUUGGUUGGCCAUGGAGCAGAAGUCAGUCCGACCACUAUUCUCUCUGCGAUUGAGUCCAAAUACCCAAAUAUAUUGAGCAUUCUGUUGUCUGGCGAAAAGGCUUCGACCCUUGCAGCGUCUUGGAAGAUAACAUUAGAGGAUGCAAAACGGUUAGAUCCAAAUGCAACUCCCCAGGAAGCCCAGAUGAUACGUCAAGGCCAUCCUUUGAUCUUGGCAAGCUCCGCAUUUGCUACGCUUCGGGGCGGCGUUGAAUUUGAUCGAGAUGCUGCUGCCAAACAGAUGAUGGAAGCUCUACUGGGGGCUGGAUUCAGCCCAUAUGCCAAUUGCCUACUCAUCGUUGAAAAGGUUCGAUUGCCAAACAGACCUUCCCUACCAAUAGCUAUAGCGACCCACGCAUGGUACAAGAAGGAUUCUACGGUUGAGUUGAUUCCCUAUGCUAAGAAUCCUCCUAUUUUCAGACCACCCAUUAUGGCCGAAAGGGUAGUUGUGCACGAAAUCUUGAAAGUAAAACGUGUCUACGGGCCGAUCUUAGAGAUAGCCGGUCUUGACCUGGAGUUCCGCGAUGGGUCUGGGGAAACUCUUCUUUUGGCUGCUUGUGAGCGAGUGUCAAGCAGGGGUCGCAAAGGCGCCAGAGAAGAUUAUUUGCCUCUACGACUCCUGCUUGACAAAGGGGCAGAUGCCUUGGCAGUGGAUAAUUUUGGCAGAAACGCACUACAUAUUAGACUCGGAUCUCGAGCUCUGAACGACGAUAAGUUGGAGGCACUCAGGGAUCUUGGGGACGCUGUACCGGCUCUAAUCAACCAAACUGAUGCUGAUGGGUAUCGACCACUCCACUAUGGCCUAGCCGCGCUGGCGCAUGGUGAGUUUGACCAAACUGAGCCCGACUGGCUUGACUACAUUAUCACGCAGGGUGCAGAUAUGCUUGCUACUGAUAGGCUUGGGAACAACGCGCUACACUAUCUUGCCUCCGGCGUCUUCGGGUGCCUCUGUUACGAUGGAAGCCACACUCGAGACCCCUUUGAGCGCUUCUUGAAGUUGGAACUGGAUAUCAAUGCGCGCAACAACGCUGGUCAGACACCAGCGUUCUUCCUUGCCAUGAGAGGCUAUGACGACGAUAAAGCGGAUGAGGUGGUGAGUUGGUUGGAUGGAUUGGGAGUGGACUGGCAAGCGAGAGACGAUAAAAGGCGAACUGUGCUUCAUGAAAUGGCAGACGAGAAGGAGUGUCUGUUCAAGGCUAUUAUGGACAAGGGAGUUGAUCCUUUGGCAGAAGAUGUUGAUGGGCGUUCUACUUUGGAUUUAGUGACAGCUUAUGAUAAUCAGAAUAUCCUGAAGCUGUUUGAUCGGGAUGGCAAGGAUGAUAGGGAAUGAGGGAUCUACGGUAGCAAUGAACUCCUGCGCUUGACGUUGGUGAUUAUUUGAAAUCUUGUAUGAUUUCUAUAAUAGAUAUGCAAUGCAAGGCGAGCUUGAACCAUAAGUUGGGCCACAAAUAAAUGGCGCUCCUGCAUUUGCGAAUAGCCUCAUCGACGUCACCAUGAACUGUUGAACUGAUUUAAUAUCCAAAUCAGGAAGGUU